GGUUAUAAAUGGCUGUGUCUAUUGUUGUUGUGGGGUCUGCGUGAAUUCUUUAACCUUUUCUCCGUUUGGGGUAGGAAGUGGGUUGUACAGGAUGGGUGUUUGAGUCAGGUUAUGGUGCGGCGUGGGGGGGAAUGGGGGGCUGUAUGGCUGCUGCUGCUGCUGCUGCUGCUGCUGCUGCUUCUGCUUCUUCUGCUGCUACUUCUGCUGCUUCUUCUUCUUCUUCUUCUUCUGCUGCUGCUGCUUCUGCUUCUGCUGCUUCUGCUGCUGCUGCUGCUGCUGGAGAUCUGUUAUUGGAGGCAAUAAGAGUGUCCUCCAAUGCAGGCCUGCUGAUUAGAUGGCUCCAAUGCUCCUCGGAGUGUCUCCCUGGCUCAGUGGGUGGUGGGAACCAACAGUCUGCAACGUUCAAUCGUAAUGAGUAUGAUGUUCUGCUAGGCAUUCCGUGGCAGGCGGCGGUCGGAGCGCGAAUGCACUUUGACAGGUUCAAAGUGGCCUUGGAGAAAAGCGAGUUCUUCUUGUCGGAGAUCUUAUUCGUGGGGUAUAUCGUCACGGUCGACGGACUAAAAACAGAUCCGAGGAAGGUGGCAGCAGUUCAAGACGCCCCGGCGCCGGUCACACUCACCCAGGUUCGGGCUUUUCUAGGGCUGGCAUCCUAUUACCGAUGCUUCAUCAAGGGGUUCGCCGGCAUAGCGAAGGCCCUCACGAACCUGCUGAAGAAAGAGGAACAGCUUAUCUGGACGUCGAAAUGCAAAGCGGCGUUUCAGGCAUUGAAGGAGGCUCUGACAUCUGCUCCUGUGUUGGCACGCCCCGACCCGACAAGACCAUUCGCACUGUACACAGACUGGCAGCCUCAGGCGAUAUCGGCGGUGCUGACUCAGCACGACAAGGACGGAAGGGAGCACGUCAUUGAGUAUGCAUCCAAGACGCUGAGCCAGGCGCAGGCUAAUUACGAAGCGUGCAAAGGCGACUCGUUGUCAGAACUCACCAAAGCCGAACGGCGGAGAGUCACGGAGCGGGCGCAGGACUACCGCUGGCAGGGCCCGACGUUACAAAAACGGAAGGUCGAUGAAGACGGAGAGUCUAGCUGGUUGACGGUUCCACACCCUUUUGCUAGGUUCGAUUGGACACGAGCUGCUCAUCAGGAGGAUGCGGUCCAUUUCGCGGUCAAGUACACGGAAAAAGCCAUCGAAAAGAUUGGAUGGUACUGGUCGGGAAUUCGGGAAGAUGUGAAAUACAUCGUUCAGAAUUGCCCGGCCUGCGCGGCGGACAAGGCGUCGGUACAGAUGCCUCGGAUGAUGGUGCCCACUCGUGUAGAGCGCCCCUUUCAGAGGGUUAGCAUCGAUACGACGGAUAUCAACGUUCCGAGAGGGCCCGUCAAUCAGGGAGAGCUCAAUGUUCUUUUAGUGGUCGUCGAUCAUUUUUCAAAAUGGAUCGAGGCGUACCCUAUGACCAGUCGGAAUUCGCAAGAAGUAGCCUGGUACGUAAAUCGAUUUUUGUGCAUGCAUCUAGACGUAGAAGAGGUACACAUGGACAAUGGGUCGGAAUUUCAAGGCGAAGUAGAACGUCACCUAGUCAGGGCGGACGUUAAGAUUAUCUACUCACCGGGGCAUUGGCCUCAAGCCAAUGGCCUGGUAGAGAAUGCCAACCGACUGAUUAAGACGGCCCUCAGGCGGAACAUCACUGCGGGAGACACCCGACCCUGGCCGGUCAUUGUCGAUCACAUUUUGGCCGUUUAUCGGGCUACCCCACACGGUAGUACUGGGGUGUCCCCCUUUCAACUGAGAACCAAUAGUGUCCCUCGGGUGCAAUUGUCCACCUUAGUAGGGAGCAGGAUGAACCAUCGCCAGCCGGAGCAUGAGCCCCUCGAGCACUUCCAGACGCCGCUUGCAGAUUGCUUGUUGCGGCAUCGGUUUAAUGAGGAGAGGCAGUUGCGGUACGACAUCCAACAGGUGAACGUGCCAGCGCCCGGGGUUGCUGAUUUGACAGCGUACUCGUUGCUUUGCGAUCGGCUGAUAUAUGCGGGAGUGUACGUGGACGUGACGCAGUUGCCUGGACGGGAGACGACCCGAGUAUUCAUUGAGUUCUGUGCGCUCGAGGUGGCACCCAACUUCGUGCACAGCGUCGCCACCUUCAUCGGAGACUUGACGGUCCUACCGCGGCAGAAUCGGGAACCGGCACGCAGCUUUGUGCGCGAAUACGCGCUCACGGAGGGCCCUUACCCCAUGCGCGAGUUCUCGGAGUAUUUGGUGGAGCUAACUGACGUGGAGCCUCUGCCCUUCGGCGACGAAGACGCGUGGGAGUUGCACCGUGCGCUGUACAAGUCGGUGGCGCUGGGGAUGUUCCGGUUCUUCAUGGAUCACGAAGACCACGCUAUCGGGGAGCACUUCGUCGUUUACUACGUCAUCGCGCGGCCCAAGCCAGCGGAGAAGGAAGGGACGGUGGAGCUGUACCCCUUCGCCCAGCUCCAGACAAUCGAUCCGGGAUUGUUGGAGCUCAUACAUCUUGAGCUCCUCUCCAUUGCGCAAGUGAUCGCGAGCGAGGAGGAGGAGAUCCAACCACGAUUGCGAACGGCGACGGCCCUACGGAGAACGUACAACGCGGUCGUCAUUCCGGAUUACAUUGCGCAGCGCGUGGAGAGAUUGGAGGACUUCCCGGAGGAAAGGCCGUUGCGUCCUCCCUCGUCGUAUCCUCGACCAGCGCCACCGAAGGUCCCCAAAAAGACGCCGAAGAGGAAGAGAUGUCACCCGUCGCCAGGAGCGCAAGGCAGCAGGAUCGGCGGUGGCGAGGAGGUGAUUCAUCCCGUGCGUACGCGGAUUCCUGACCCUGUGCCUGGGAGCGUGGCGACGCUCGUUAAGGAGACUAUCGUGCCAUCACCGCCCAUUCCGCGUGUGCCCGAUCUCAAUCUUGAUGGAGUCGGGCCAUCAUCAUCAGCAGCAGCCGGAGGAGGAAGCCGAAUGGGAUCUCCGGAUCCCAUAUCCAGACCCCCCGUCCUCGCGGGACCUCUCCGUUCCCGCCAGCCACCCCGGGGUGCCCCGGUCAUUGACAUUAGUAGUUCAUCCGAGCCGGACGGUCCAUUCGACUGAGGUGGACUUCAUGGUGGAGCCCGCCACCAUCAGGCUCGAGGCCAUCGUGGGGGCGCCCCGCCUUGAUCCGGCGUGGGAGCCAUAUCUGACACCCCCUUUCCAAGGGUGUAUUGUGGCGGGAUUGGCUGGGGCGCUCGUCUACGAGACCGGGCAGCGUCUAAAUGCAAUGUACCACUUCCUGGUCUUCGCGGCGCAGAAGCGGGAGCAGCGGCCUUACACCGAGACUCAUAUGGUGAUGACGGGUCCAGGGCCCCGAUCGC